AUGUAUCCAGACUGGCCAAGCUCUGCUGCGGAUUUGGUGCCACUGCCACAAUGCUUUGGACCUAAACUGAGGCCCUUUGACUUUCAGGGCCCGCAAAGUAUCGACUUUCUUGAAUUCUUGGGAGAGGGUCUGCAUUCAUUUGUAUUCAAGGUGGAAAUCCUAGGCCGUAUCUACGCUUUAAAACUUUUCAGGUUUGAGUACGUAUGGGGGUGGGACGGCAUUCCAAACGACUUUGAUAGAAGCGACAUCACUGCACUGACUACGAUUUACAAUUAUUCGGAGCCCUUUAAUCGUGAAUGCCGAAGUUUUGGCCGCCUUCAAGAAGCGGGCUACGAGGAGCUCGCUGUUCAAUGCUUUGGCUACUUACUCCUCGACCAAGAACACGAGCGUGCCAUGAGGGCCAAAUUUAGCAACAUGCGACACGUGCGACUCGAGUUUGAUGGUAAUAGUGAAUGCCCUGGAUAUGAAGACGUACGGGGGAGCUUUCCAGGCAGAAGCGGUAGGCCGCCACCAAUCCGAGGCAUUGUCAAAGAAUUUGGUCUUGGUGUAGAGGAAUUGAAAACGAGGGAUAUGAAGAGACUUUUUCGAACCAUGACGCAGCUCCAGCAGCUUGGCAUCAUCAACCUCGACGUCGGGGACCGACAGCUUAUUGGUGGCAAGAUUUGCGACUUCAGCACAGCCAUCACCGUGCCGCACCCCGUCACAACCCCGGAGCUAAACCCACAUCUUUAUCUUGAGAGUGAGUCAUUGCAUGUCUUGCAACUCGGGACCUUUCUCCUUUGUAUGAAUGAUUAUUGGACAUUUGACGACAUGGUCCGGCUAUGGAAUGAGGAGCACGAGGACCAGAAAACUGAAAUAUCAGCUCGUGCCUACCCCAGCGGAUAUGGCUGCCGGUUCGACUACAACCUGCGAAAUACACCAUCUCGGGCCCGCGUCUAUACUUUCGUCGACCCAAGGAAGUACGAUUGGAAGGCAUGUACCGGUACUCCGGCCCCAGACGCAGCAAGAACACGGCAUGGUCCGCAAACAAGACAGAGAACAAAAAGUCGCGCUCAGGCGACCUCUACACGAGGCGUGUCGAAAACUCGACCACGCCUUGAUAAACGGCCGCCUAGGUGGUACCUUGAUUGUGAUCCACGGCUGGCGGCCGGUUUAAAAGAGGAGACGGAGUGUAUUCACCCUGUCCAAUGGCAUGCCAAGAAUGGUCUUAUCUAUCCACGUAUGCGAGAAAAAUUGUCUAGAUGGAUGCGUUAA